AUGAACUUGGAGGGAGUGGGCGACGAAGUGAGGUGCCGCGUGUUCCCGGUCACUCUGGCAAGACCGGCAAUACGGUGGUUCAACAGCCUCCCGCAGGGCUCUGUUGCCAGGUUUUCGGAUAUUAGCCGCACUUUUCUGGCCCAAUUUACUACCAGGAUCGCAAAGGUAAAACACCCGAUCAACUUACUCAGAGUGACUCAGAGAUCCGGCGAGCCGACUAGAAAAUACCUAGAUCGGUUCCACGAUGAGUGCUUGGAAAUCGACGGGCUAACUGAUUCAGUAGCCAGCCUAUGUUUGACAAAUGGACUCUUGAACGAGGACUUCAGGAAGCAUCUCACCACGAAGCCGGUGUGGACGAUGCAGGAAAUCCAAAGCGUAGCUAGAGAAUAUAUCAAUGAUGAAGAAGUCAGUCAAGUUGUGGCUGCCAAUAAGAGACAGCCCUCCUACAAUCAACCUCGACAGCACGGUAGCGGAGAAAGGCAGAAGGAGCACGCCAGAGACGGCAGUCCGGGCAAGACAUCCAGGCUGUUCUCUCGGAUCGAGAAGUUCACCAAUUACACCCCCCUUACCAUCCCCAUCGUAGAAGUUUAUUAG